AUGUCGACGUCAUCUCCGCGUGUGGUUAGAUUCACCAAUGGCUACCUCCUCAAGGAUGGUGAAUUGGUGGCCGGUGAUCUCUGGGUGUCCGCCGAGACGGGACGGAUCAUAAGUCCCCAGACAGCCUUCUAUUCCUCGCAUCUGAGACCGGACAGAACAGUGGACCUUCGAGGCAGGAUCCUAUCCCCCGGCUUUAUCGAUGUUCAGAUCAACGGCUCCCACAACUUCGACUUCUCAACUCCCGACGCAGACUUUCCCGCAAAGCUGACCCACACUACCCAGCAGAUGAUCAAGUCGGGCCUCACGUCGUUUGUCCCGACCGUCAUCAGCACCACACCAGAGAGCUAUCGUGCCGUGCUCCCUUAUCUUGGCCCAUCUGGAAAAGCCCGUGAUGCCAGCAGCGGCUCAGAAAGCCUCGGAGCACACAUCGAAGGCCCCUUUCUCUCGCCAGUGAGAAAUGGAAUCCACAACAAGGAAGUCUUGCGGGAAGCGCAUUCUUGGGCCGACAUCGAGGAAUGCUACGGUGCAGAAAACCUCCACAAUGUCAGAUAUAUCACCGCGGCUCCCGAGCGGGGGAACAUGAUCAACCUGAUCCCUGAAUUCAUCAAACGGGGCAUCGUCUUUUCCGUGGGACACUCUGAUGCUACGUUCGAACAGGCGCAGGCGGCCAUGGCUGCCGGUGCCUCGAUGGUCACACAUCUUUUCAACGCCAUGCGUCCCUUUGGACAUCGGGAUCCCGGUAUUUUUGGCCUUUUGGGACAGUCGGCGCCUUCGACCCCUGUGGCCACACCCAAGACCAGCCGCCCCGCCAGUCCGGUGGGUUCACCACAAGGCUCUCCUCGAUCGUCGAGGUCCACCCCUCGUUCCAGCCUCAGCAUCAGCACCUCCAUGUCGGAUCUGGAGGAUGAGGCGGCACGCUACAAGCAGCCGUACUUUGGCCUCAUUGCCGAUGGCAUCCACUUGUCGGCGCAGACCCUCAAGAUCGCCUAUUCCGCUCACCCGGAAGGCGCCAUCCUUGUGACUGAUGCGCAGAAGUUUGCCGGAUGUCCCGACGGCGCUUACGAGUGGCGAGGAGAAGAUCGCUUCGUCAAGGAAGGCAAGCUGCUCAAGCUGGAAAGCAACGGGCGUAUUGCCGGCAGUGUAGUGGACUUGAUCGACUGCAUCAACAACUUCAAGCGAUGGACGGGCUGUGGCACGGCAAAAGCGCUGGAAUGCGUGACAAGCACGCCGGCCAAGAUGCUGGGCAAGGACGUGGAGAAGAGCAAAGGAAGGCUUGAGGUGGGCAUGGAUGCGGAUCUGGUGGUGCUGGAGGAAGGUCUCGAGGGAGAUCUGACGGUACAACAGGUAUGGAAGUUUGGAGUCCAGGUGGCCUAA